AUGUCUGAGCAACCAUACGACCCUUAUAUUCCCUCUGGCUCCAACGCCAACGCCGCGGGCGGUAGCACUGCGCAAAAUGGCGACAACCGGACGCGGGAAAUCGACCGGAAAAUCCAAGAAACCGUCGACACCAUGCGCUCGAAUAUCUUCAAGGUUUCUGAGCGUGGUGAACGUCUAGACUCUCUUCAGGAUAAGACCGACAACCUGGCUGUGUCAGCGCAGGGCUUCCGCAGAGGCGCCAACCGCGUGCGAAAGCAAAUGUGGUGGAAAGACAUGAAGAUGCGUGUGUGUCUGAUUAUCUGCAUCAUUCUUUUGCUUGUAGUGAUCAUUGUCCCUGCUGUUGUCACUACUACUCGUUAA